CAGGGUGGGCGCUUCAACAUUGGUUUUUGGGCCAUGAAACGAAUAGGUGUACCCUGAAAAGGACGAUAGUUGAAGUAGUUUUGGCUCAGAAAGCCAAUACUGUCUGCAAAUACCUUAAGACCUCAACUUGUGCUGACGUUUGAGCCUAUAAAAUAUGCAUAACCAGUUAAUCGCUGCAGUAGCAUAUGUGAAGGUCGAUAAAGUGAUAAAAGGGAAUGAAAGUACUGACUCGGUGUGCACCGCAUUCCUAGAGGCUUCGAAACGAAUUAAACCAGUACCGUAAUUCUGUCUGACAUAAUGCCACCCACAGGCCAGUGCCGCUACCGCAGGAAACUCCUGGUAUCAAACUAUCAGCUUCUCCGCGUAUAUACUUUUACGAGACAGUUUGACUGUCCAUUCCUGGUUCCUCGGUAUCAACUAUAAUCGAUGGAUGAACCAGUAUGAAUAACUGGGUUCAUUUCACUCCCAAGUUCUGGUCAUAGUAACAGAAUAAGCAAGGUCUGAAACCUCGUUCAGCCGAAUGGACAUAAAUUAAUAGAUGGUACUGGACUCCAUUUGCAUUGGCGAUCCAUUUUCUCCUUCGUGGAGAAACAGUAAACGCUAGCAUACCAGACGCAGGUUCGUAGGAAACACUACAAUUCUCCCGGUGCAAACCGGAGCAGAGUCGUAAUCAACGGGGCUUAAAAUUUGAAAUGCUGGGCAACUACUCAAUCAGAAGGCAGCGAGUGCCCAAGUGAACAUCGUUUCUGCCCACAAUUUUAACUAUCGUAAGAGUGAGUGCCAAGUGAAUGCAACGAAAACCCAGUUGUGUCUAACUACAGCAAUCAAAGAGUAAGCAGCACGAUGUAUAUAUCUAAAGACUAGUCGUAGAAUACUAGUAAUGGGAAGUGUAGCACGACAUAGGUAAAACUAAGCUUCAGUUCUAUGGGAAUGGAGACCGAACGGGGUCACACGCACGUGCGGUUGAGAAGAAAUACGAUGAAAUUCUGACAAAGAGCAUUGUAUGAGUAGCAACACCAGCCUACGCUGGGAAUCUGUGACUGCGCGUGACACACAUGACGGACUGAAAUGAUAAAGAUACAGUCAGUUUCAUAAACACAGCGGGUCUCCGUGACCGCAAUAAUCAUCGACGUAUGAAUUCUGUGGAUAAUCCAACUCCCACCUGGCCAAAAAUGCACUGUCACUGAAAUCGAGACAAUAUACGACUGAAAGUCACUAUGGAAACAUUUGUCAGCCUCGAAACUAUCUUUCUUACAGGUAUUCACUUGAGUAACAAGGUUCACAACGCCAUCAUAUGUCGGUACGCAGACAGCAACGGCCGCAUCAAAUUCGAUGAUUACGUUCUGGUAUUGGCCCGUUUGACUACGGUCAUCGACACCUUGAACCGUAUGGAAAGGGACAACGGAGGCAAAACGAUUACUGAAGCCGAAGAGUUUGUUAGAGCGGCUAUCUACACUUAAAUGGAGAAAAAGGGAAUCGUGAAGUGCACAUGUGCAAGAUGGCCCGAUAGUCAAAACUGCAUUUAUUUUUCUUCGAAUACAUGGAAGACCAUCUUCCAAGUGCUAUAAGUUGGAG